UGGGAUGUGGUGGGAGGAGGUCGGGCCAGCGUGAGGAGAAAGUCUGAGAGGCUAGCCGGCAUGGGACGGAGCUGUUCUUGCAGAUGGGUGGGAUACGCCCCCAACUCGGGCCGAGGUCCCGCGUGUCGUCAGAGCAAAAAUGGAGGCGCGGCCGGGAACCGGCGUUAGGGUCGGACGGCUAGCAUUGUGGUAUCAGAAAGGAAAAAAGUUAACACCGCCGGGUGGAGGUUGUUUCCGUUCGGGGAAGCCUUUUCGUUGCAAGCUUUUUCGUAUGCAUAAAUAGUUUCGAGUAUAAGGCAGAAGUAUCUAAAAUAGAAGCGUCGUAAUGUAUGGGAAACUAAUAACAAUAGAGAAAAUGCCGAAGGAGUUGGAAUCCACUCCCUCCCCACUGGAGAGGCGGAGUUCGCACUGAUUUCUCUCACCCGUGAAGGGAACGCAUCCGAUCCCAGAAAUGCAGUUCUCUUCAGUUUCUGCAAACAUCUGCAAGUAGCUCCCUGAUGCGUCGUUGUGCUUGGGGACUUCUCUCAGACUUUCAGGUCUUAAGCUGUUUGGUGUUGGUGUCACUUAGAUGGAGAGGGGAGUGCAGGCUGUUGGAGUAACAGGUAGCCGAGAGGGCUGCGAUUCUGCAUGGUGAGUGCCAUGUCUCUUUAGUUUUCUGUUCCAUGCAGAGGGCCGAAGCAUGUCGUCCCUCCCUGGCUGUGUGGGUUUGGGUGCCGCCGCGGCUGCCGUGGAGUCUGAGGAGAUCGCCGAGCUGCAGCAGGCGGUGGUGGAGGAGCUGGGCAUCUCCAUGGAGGAGCUGCGGCAGUUCAUCGAUGAGGAGCUGGAGAAGAUGGACUGCGUGCAGCAGCGCAAGAAGCAGCUAGCCGAGCUGGAGACGUGGGUGUUACAGAAAGAGAGCGAGGUGGCUCUAGUCGACCAGCUCUUUGAUGACGCCUCCAGGGCAGUGACUAAUUGUGAGUCUUUGGUGAAGGACUUCUACUCCAAGCUGGGCCUGCAGUACCGAGAGAGUAGCUCUGAAGAUGAGGCUUCUGGGCCUACAGAAAUAAUUGAGAUUCCUGAUGAAGAUGAUGAAGUCCUCAGCAUCGAUUCAGGUGAUGCUGGGAGCAGAACUCCAAAAGAUCAGAAGCUCCGUGAGGCCAUGGCUGCCUUAAGAAAAUCAGCUCAGGAUGUCCAGAAGUUCAUGGACGCUGUCAACAAAAAGAGCAGCUCCCAGGAUCUGCAUAAAGAAUCCUUUGUUACCUCUGUUAAUAGAAGCUGGCUGUAUGUCCAUGGAACCUUGAGUCAGAUGUCGAGUGAGCUGAGCAGAGAUGGUGACCUGGUAGUCAGCAUGCGGAUUCUGGGCAAGAAGAGAACCAAGACGUGGCACAAAGGCACCCUGAUUGCCAUCCAGACAGUUGGGCCAGGGAAGAAGUACAAGGUGAAAUUUGACAACAAAGGAAAAAGUCUACUGUCAGGGAACCACAUCGCCUAUGACUACCACCCUCCUGCUGAGCAGCUGUUUGUGGGCAGCCGAGUGGUGGCCAAAUACAAAGAUGGGAACCAGGUCUGGCUCUAUGCUGGCAUUGUAGCCGAAACACCAAACGUCAAAAACAAGCUCAGGUUCCUCAUUUUCUUUGAUGAUGGCUACGCGUCUUACGUCACACAGUCUGAACUAUAUCCCAUUUGCCGGCCACUGAAAAAGACUUGGGAAGAUAUAGAAGACAUCUCCUGCCGAGACUUCAUAGAGGAGUAUAUCACUGCUUACCCUAACCGCCCCAUGGUGCUGCUCAAGAGUGGACAGCUUAUCAAGACUGAGUGGGAGGGCACCUGGUGGAAGUCACGUGUUGAGGAGGUGGAUGGGAGCCUCGUCAGGAUCCUCUUCUUGGAUGACAAAAGAUGUGAGUGGAUCUAUCGAGGCUCCACACGACUGGAGCCCAUGUUCAGCAUGAAGACCUCUUCGGCCUCUACGCUGGAGAAGAAACAAGGGGGACAGCUCCGGACACGUCCAAAUAUGGGUGCUGUGAGGAGCAAAGGCCCUGUAGUCCAGUAUACACAGGAUCUGACCAGUACUGGAACCCAGUUCAAGCCAAUGGAGCCCCCGCAGCCUCCUCCAGCUCCACCUGCUCCAGCUCUGUCCCCUCAAAUAGGUGACCCUGACAUGGAAAGCCAGCUUGCUCAAUCACGGAAGCAGGUAGCCAAAAAGAGCACAUCCUUUCGACCAGGAUCUGUGGGCUCUGGUCACUCCUCCCCUCCGUCCCCUGCACUCAGUGAGAGUGCUGCUGGUGGGAAGCCUGCAGCGAACCAGGCAUAUAGAUCACCUUUAAGUUCAACAACUUCUGCCCCAGCACCUCCAGUCCCCCCGGCUCCUCCCGCACCCCCAGCUUUCCAUGGCAUGCUGGAGCGGGCCCCAGCGGAGCCCUCCUACCGUGCCCCCAUGGAGAAACUUUUCUACUUACCUCAUGUCUGCAGCUAUACGUGUUUGUCUCGGAUCAGACCCAUGAGGAAUGAGCAGUACCGGGGCAAGAACCCGUUGCUCGUCCCGCUGCUAUAUGACUUCCGACGAAUGACAGCCCGGCGCCGGGUUAACCGCAAAAUGGGCUUCCAUGUCAUCUAUAAGACCCCCUGUGGCCUCUGCCUCCGGACAAUGCAGGAGAUUGAACGCUACCUGUUUGAAACUGGCUGUGACUUCCUCUUCCUGGAGAUGUUCUGUUUGGAUCCCUAUGUUCUUGUGGACCGCAAGUUUCAGCCCUAUAAGCCUUUUUACUAUAUUUUGGACAUCACCUAUGGAAAGGAGGAUGUUCCCCUAUCCUGUGUCAAUGAAAUUGACACAACUCCCCCACCACAGGUGGCUUACAGCAAGGAACGGAUCCCGGGCAAGGGUGUUUUCAUUAACACAGGCCCUGAAUUUCUGGUUGGCUGCGACUGCAAGGAUGGGUGUCGGGACAAAUCUAAGUGUGUCUGCCAUCAGCUAACUAUCCAGGCUACUGCUUGUACCCCAGGAGGCCAAAUCAACCCUAACUCUGGCUACCAGUACAAAAGACUGGAAGAGUGUCUGCCCACAGGGGUGUAUGAGUGUAACAAACGCUGCAAAUGUGACCCAAACAUGUGCACAAAUCGGUUGGUGCAGCACGGACUACAGGUUCGCCUGCAGCUGUUCAAGACACAGAACAAGGGCUGGGGUAUUCGCUGCUUGGAUGACAUUGCCAAAGGCUCUUUUGUCUGUAUUUAUGCAGGCAAAAUCCUGACUGAUGACUUUGCAGACAAGGAGGGCCUGGAAAUGGGUGAUGAGUAUUUUGCCAAUCUGGACCAUAUCGAGAGCGUGGAGAACUUCAAGGAAGGCUAUGAGAGUGAUGCCCCCUGUUCCUCUGACAGCAGUGGUGUAGACUUAAAGGACCAGGAGGAUGGCAACAGCGGUACAGAGGACCCUGAGGAGUCCAAUGACGAUAGCUCAGAUGAUAACUUCUGUAAGGAUGAGGACUUCAGCACCGGCUCAGUGUGGCGCAGCUAUGCCACCCGGAGGCAGACCCGAGGCCAGAAGGAAAACGGACUCUCUGAGAUGCCUGCCAAGGACUCCCGUCCCCCAGACCUUGGGCCACCACAUGUCCCUGUCCCUCCUCCCUUAGUCCCUGCAGGUGUCUGCAAUCCACCUUCCUCCGAGGAGACACCCAAGAAUAAGGUGGCCUCCUGGCUGAGCUGCAAUAGUGUCAACGAUGGGGUCUUUGACUCUGAUAGCCGCUCCUCCUUCAAGACUGGCGAAGGUGGUGCCGGGGGCAGUCGAGGGGAAGCUGAGAAAUCCUCCACAUCAGCACCUGGUGUCAAGGAUGAGGGAGACACCAAGCAAGCAAAGAAAGAGGACCCUGAUGACCGAAACAAGAUACCAGGAAUUACAGAAAGCUCUCGAAAUUAUGGUUACAAUCCUUCUCCUGUGAAACUAGAAGGCCUUCGCCGCCCACCAAGUAAGACGAGUCUGCACCAGAGCCGGCGACUCGCGGCCUCUGCUCAGCCCGGCGCCGAUGACGUCCUGACGCUAUCCAGCAGCACAGACAGUGAGGGGGAAAGUGGGACCAGCCGCAAGCCCACUGCUGGGCAGACUGCAGCCACGGCAGUGGACAGCGAUGACAUCCAGACCAUCUCCUCUGGCUCCGAAGGGGAUGACUUUGAGGACAAAAAGAACCUAUCUGGUCCAGCAAAGCGCCAGGUGGCAGUAAAAUCAACCCGAGGCUUUGCUCUUAAAUCGACCCAUGGGAUUGCCAUUAAGUCAACCAACAUGGCCUCCGUGGAAAAGGGGGACAGUGCACCAGUUCGUAAAAACACACGCCAGUUCUACGAUGGUGAGGAGUCUUGUUACAUCAUUGAUGCCAAGCUGGAAGGCAACCUGGGCCGCUACCUCAAUCACAGUUGCAGCCCCAACCUGUUUGUCCAGAAUGUCUUCGUGGACACUCAUGAUCUUCGCUUCCCCUGGGUGGCCUUCUUUGCCAGCAAGAGAAUCCGGGCUGGGACAGAACUUACUUGGGACUACAACUAUGAGGUGGGCAGCGUGGAAGGCAAGGAGCUCCUCUGCUGCUGCGGAGCCAUCGAGUGCAGAGGGCGGCUUCUCUAGAGACCCGCCUCCUUCCCUUCGGAACCCUUCUGGAACUGUCCUUUCCUCAGGAACUGGAUCUUCCUGACUGUUGAACUCUGACCCACCUGCCCAGCUCCUAGUGGAUAGGCCCGGCGGGGGGGGGGGAGGCUAGGGUUCUGGGUCAGGAGAUUCUUUCCAUCUUGGUGCUAGUAGGCAGGGUUCCUUCAUGCCCUGAGGCGCUGGGAGGUGGGAAAACAUGACCACUGUCACCUGGGCCUGACCCCCCUCAGCACUGUCAUUCACCCUUCCCUCCCACCACGUGUGUGCAAGUGUUGGUGCCUCCAGCCAGCGUCAUUCCCGAGCAGGAGCUGUGCAUCCAUGAUCCCCAGUUUGUACUGUUUCUUGAAAGACUUUUAACAAGAUGGUUAAAA